AUUACUUCCAGCAGUUGGAUAAUGAAAUGCGUGAAGCUUAGUUUAUUUGGCGAAACGGAUCUGUAGGAAAUAGGUUGUUAAGAUGAGAAAUCAGAGCCUGUCCUUUUUUUCUGAAACUUUGAUGUUGGUUUCAUGGUAGAAGAACACGGGAGAAAUGUUCUGCUUAGUACAUUAUGUUCUCUGCACUUCAGCCACACUUGCAGGCACGCAUGCGCACAACUGCACAGUUAUUACUCCGCGUGUCUGUUUUGAGAAUAUUUCUUAUAAUUUGGGUAUUUGGCGAGUAUGUGCCAGCUUUAAUGUGGAAUUUUAAGUGGUAAUCGUCUCUGUGUUAAUGUGCGUCAUAAUUUUCAUUGCUUUAAAUAUUUACUGCAUUGUGUAUUUAUUUGUGUAUAUAGACACAAUGAUAAAAAGUUUACUCGAAUAUGUAUGUAGUAUGCUGGCAUUUUAGGUUCGUAUUAUAAUUUAGGUUUUCAUAUUUAUGGCGCAGUAUUUUGUUUUUUGUUUUUUAAUCGUUGAAAGGUCGUUUCUGGUAUAACAAUAAUCGCCCUUCAGCUUUCUGUGCCCUUUCGGUGCCACUCUUGGAUGACAAGCAUUUUCUCCAAAAACUACGAUUUCAUCACCCAAAACGUACUCAAAGUCACAAUGACCAUGCAAAAAAUUAAAAUAAACCAACGCAAUAACUCUUCCUCAGACAACAUGUGUGCCGACGCCCCGCCCCAUACGUGGCGCGCGCAUAAUAAAUCCACCCCCGGUGUACCGCCCCUUUGUGUUCACGCAGAGACAGCACGUUCGCGGGCGUGUGAGCGACUGACAGUCUUGGAUUAGCAAAAUAGCCUACGUAAAUUAGGCUGCAACUGAAAGAACUGACUACUGUAUCAUGUCCCUGUUUUGUGUUGUUUAUAGCCAUCUGUCGCAUGCAUUACAUAUUAUUCAACAAAAUGAUGACGAAGCGUGGGAUUUUUGAUAAACCGUAGCCUAAAUAAAGAUAAUUUGUACACCACUCCAGUUUUCCAACUGCAUUGUUUGUUGUGAUGUUACUGCACGACAGAAACGAUUCGGGUGAGAGUCUAUACAGUUAUAAUGUCGUUAAAAAGCCACAUAACAUACGUAAACAUCAAUUCACACGAAAACAUAUGCAAUCCCCAAAUAAAUUGCAUAGGCUAAGCUACUUGACAUGAGUAUUGGGAUUCUAUAUUAUUUCAGUUACGGUCACUAAUCAACGGGUACCCCAACACGUAUGAAUGAGUCUCCUCGUUGACCAAUGGGCUUUCAGAGUAUGAAAAGAUACUCCUUCCUUUGCCUUUAUUAUUCGUGUGGCUGGACCACAAGCGACAUAUCCGCAUUUAGUGAGCGAGUAGAGAGAGGUGCGGUCUCAUGAAUACCAAAACGGUGUUCAGUAGCAAUCCGGGGAACUGGGUCAGACAGGCGUCAGGCGCGUGAGAGUGGCAGUACGACUGUGCUAAUAGACGUUUUGGCUCGGCUGACUUUAGCAGAAAAUGAUAUACCGACAUAAGCAUUAAAUUGGCUUUUAGAAUACGUAGUAAAUAUAAUUACAGAAAGAGAUAUUGGACGCUACGCCUUGUGGGUAGUAAUCUCCCCGAAGAAUAUUGGUUUUUGUUGAAUUGACUUAAGGCAGUGAGGUGCUGUCUUAAAAACAAUGUCUGUGGAUUCGACGGUCACCGUCGUUUUGGACUCGGGUCCUCCGAGUUCGUUUCCCGUUGUAUUAAAGAAGAUCAUGGAAAAUCCCCCUCCGAAUAUACUUGAAGAGGGAAACGAAGAGAAAGACAAAGACAAGCUGUGCGAGCCUAGCGACGGAGACAGCGGGGAAGGGGGGGUCAGCGGCGGGAUGGGUCCGUCGGCCGCCCUGACCCCCGCCAUCUGGGACAAGACCAUCCCGUACGACGGGGAGACCUUCCACCUGGAGUACAUGGACCUGGACGAGUUCCUGCUGGAGAACGGCAUCCCGGCGUCCAUGGAGGAGGAGCUGCAGAAGAGCCUGAGCAAGGACGGCCCCGCCCAGGCCGAGGCCAAGGCUCCGCCCACCUCCUCCUCCAGCCCCGCCCCCGCCAAGGAGCCUCCCGUCACCCGGACGGCGCUGACCACGGUCAGCCUCCUCCCCAUCGUGCAGCUGGAGCAGGAAGAGGAGGAGCUGGUGACGGUGACCGUGUCCGAGUCGGGCGACGGCGCCAGGGCAGCGGGCAGCGCAGAACGUUUUCAGAGUUUGGUCCUGUCCCUCUUCUCAGAGGAGAGCCCCAAGCGGGAGUGCGUGACCCCCACCCCGAUCGACCCCGACGAAAUAGAAGUGGACGUGAACUUCGAGCCGGACCCCACGGACCUGGUGCUGUCGAGCGUGCCGGGCGGCGAGCUCUUCAACCCGCGCAAACACCGCUUCUCUGAGGACGAGCUGAAGCCGCAGCCCAUGAUCAAGAAGGCCAAGAAGGUGUUUGUGCCCAACGAACAGAAGGACGAAAAGUACUGGCAGAGGAGGAGGAAGAACAACGUCGCGGCCAAGCGCUCGCGGGACGCCCGCCGGCUGAAGGAGAACCAGAUAACGGUGCGGGCCGCCUUCCUGGAGCGCGAGAACACCGCGCUGCGACAGGAAGUGGCCGAGCUGCGGAGGGACUACGGCCGCUGCAAGAACGUGCUGGUCCGCUACGAGGACAAGUACGGGCCGCUUGCCCCAAUACAGACAGAGGAGGACGACCUGUAAACCUUUAUUAAUUUGAUUUGUUUGUGGCGAGGGGCAAAAAAAAAAAACAGACAGUAAAGACGUGGCAGUGGAGACACGGAGCAGAUAUGGCAAAAGAGACGAGUACAGGAGUAUGAAUGAGUUUUAAAUAAGCGUUUCUUGUUUUGUUUUUUUACUUAACACUUCCUACGUGUGUGUGUUUGUGUGUGAAUGAGAAGCGUGCAGCUUCUCCUGUAUAUAAACAGUUCUGAACACACCACGCAUUUGCAUUUCUAUGCUGAUGCUUUGUAUUCUUAUCAAAUGUUAGUCAGAUGACUGGCAGUGGUGAAGAGAGAUACAUUUUUAUUGUGACGGAGAGAGUUAUAAAAAUAAGAUUCGUGGAAAGGCACUUAUUUUUAAAAAAAGAAAAAUGGCAAUAACUUGUUCAUGAGUCAGUUUGGUUUAAAUGGGAUUCCUCUGUGUUUACUUGUUUUUGUGAUUUUGACAAGGAGGUGGACAUUCUGUUACCAGAAUAUGUGGUGUUAUAGUGGAUAAGUGGAUUGAGUCAGACAAGUGUUUUCUUAUUGGAGACAUUACUGGCAUAUGGAACAAACCACCACUCAGAGAAGUCGAUUUAGACUGAUAAAGCACAGGAGAUCUGUGUGUCUGCAUAUUUAAAUCUUUCUGUCAUGUACUUCAUACACACGUGCAUCAUAUAUACAGAACCUUUGCUGAUAGACUUGUUGGUCAGAUUGUAAAUUUUGUCAACGGGUAUAAGCAGUCAAUCGUUUUCACUCAUAAAUCCAAGUUACACGCUUCUUGUUUUAGCUCAAAAAAGUAUAGUAUAGUCAUAAGUUACAGCAUUUGUACAUAAUCAGUCUUUUUUUAUUUUUGUGAAAAGAAAAGCAGGAAUACCAUGUGAUGUCAGAUGAAUAACUCCCUUCAAUGUAUUGGUUUUCAACUCAGUUUUGUUUUCUACGUAAAACUUGAAUUUAACUUUAAUUUAUUUGAAACCUCGCCAAUUGUGUAGAAUAUUUUAUUCUUUUAAGAGCAGAAAGACUUCUUCUGAAGCUCAGAGUACAUUCAAACAACCGGGACCGGGGUUGAGAACCAGUCUGUGGCCAUAGCAAGCGGCCAGUCUCUCAGUCACAGUUUCAUGCAAACUGGACGUGCCAGUUUAACCAGGACCCAAACCUUCAAGUGUCUUCAGCCAGCUUGGCACAACACUCAGUCCACCUGUUUACACUGGGAUCACAUCAGAACAUAUCAAACUCCAAAAAAAAACUAUUAUCAGGGUCCAUUCACUGUUAUUGUAAAGCUCUGCUUUAUAUUAAUUCUCCUAUCAAGUACCUCUUCGUGAGAAUUGUCCUGUGAUUCUGAAACAGUAAGGUUGUCUUUUUGUCACACCUGUAAAAAAUGUUGUAAAAGUGCAAUUACAAUGCUUCCAGGCUGUUUCCUUGGCAAAUUUAGCAGUAUGUGUCUCCAGUUAGCCUAGUAGCUGUAAAGAAAUAUUAAAAAUGCAGUUGUAGGAACACUUAUGACAAAAAUCUAAACGAGCGCCUAAAUACAAUGUAACGCUGCACAUACUCAUCAUGUCGAUGAUUAAAUGGAAUUUAUAGUCUCACACAAUAGAAAUUCCUGAUAAGAAAAAUAGUUUGCUUUGCUGUGCUAUUAGUAAUUAAAGAUCACUCUGACAGGAAGUUCUGUUCCAUGUGUAGGCAAAGGCAGCAUUCAGCAUUCAGAGCCUUGUCAUAUGGCUUACGUGCAAAUGGCAAAAAUGUGUUUUCUCACAGCGACUGUGCAUUUAGCAUUGUAGCCAGACUGAAAACCUGGUUUAAUGCGCAACAAAUUAGAGCUUUGGACAAUUGUUGUUUGAUCAAGCGAUUCUCCUAAUUGGGGUUGUUUUAUGUAAAUGUGAAAGCAUUGCCAUCGUGAUUUUCUUGAUCAGACAGUUUAAAAUAAUGUGAUGUGUCAGUUUUUAAAUACUGUCAUACGGUGUCACUUCAAGGCUACAAAAACUACCUAAAUAUGGUGACCAGAUUGUUGAGACAUUGACAAUUGAGAAAAUGGCUCCAUGUAACUGUUAUGCAAGUCAUUUCAGAGAAUGUUGGCUGUUGUGAAUUUGAGUAAAUUCUGUGAAAUGGUCACAUACUUUCAUACAAUAAAGUACCUUUAACCAAUAGCAAAAUAUAGCACCAAUCUCAAGCUGUUUUGACUAUUUUGCCAUGAAAGCUGUAAUGUUAUAGCAAAUAAACUUUCAUAGUAA